UCGUACAUUAUAGGGACCCAUACAAUAACAAUUUAAUUAUAAUUUUUCCAUAAAAGUUGCAAUACAUUAGAAACCUUAUCGAGUUACAAGUGCCUAGUUAAUACCUUGGAUUAUUCAAGUGGGCAGUUGAUCACGAAUUUGUUAGUUUGUCUUUGCAAAUAACCCAAUUAAAAUCAAGUAAUAUGGCGUAUGUAACUGGAGAUGGGACCAUUGUUGAGAAAACACCAUUCAGUGUAUUCGGUUGGUUUUGGAGUUUCAUAAACUUCCUCUAUCUACUUUUCCAGACACUGAUCAAUCCAAACUUUAACAAGCAUGGAAACAAGUAUGUGAGAGACUAUCGGCCACCGGGCAGCGGACCGCCAAAGCCUCCUUCAAGAAAGUUCGGCGGCUUCGGUCCCUCCGGGUCGGGGCCGGCGCCCCCGCCUAUGGGCGGCUGCGGAUGUGGCUAGUGUUGCACUCCACUGAAAAAUACCUUCAAAAUUUAUACUUACAACAUUGCAAUAAUUACCAUGUAGCCUUAUAAAAUAACAAACUAAAUUAAACCAUAUAAACUAUAGGAGAUAUUUUCUCAUUAUAUUUGUAAUAUAUUAUAUUAACGAUUUUUUAUCUUUUUAUGUCAACCUCAAUGUUAAUAAACAACAAAUAGAAUAAAAUGUAGAUAAGUCAAGUCUUAUUGAUUUUACUUAGAGCUUGAAUUUACUUGUUUUAGAGACCAUAGGCCCCUACAAUUGGCCUACUAAGAACACUUCUUACAUUACAAGACACCCCGUCUUCUCAUUAUCACAUGAAGUAAAUUAUUGUUUUUGUAUACUUACAAUGUUAUUGGCAAAUUAUUGAAAUGUUUUAUUUAUAUGUAGAUAAAUUAAUUGAAUGUAACUGACAUCAUUUUUAUGUGUCAGAUGCAACACACAUUUUGAUCUGAAUUAACUAGUAUUCUGAGAUGAUUUGAAUUAGAAAACUACUUAUUGAUAAAAUUAGCAAUAAAUUUAAUUAAAACAAUCAGACAAAUUUCUGACAGCAAUAUACUUCUGUUUCUUCAAGUAGCUAAAGAAUAUAUAUUUCAUGCAUAUGGCAUGAAUAACCUUCCAUUCAAAAUGCCAUCAACAAUGCGGACUAUGGUACAGGCAGACGAAAAAACAUUACUUUCAAAAUCUUAUUUUGAUGUUACACAGACAAUCUAAUGCUGUUUAUCUGUAUAGAGUUUAUAGAUCGAUCUGUACGGGUUGUGUCUGAAUUAUUAAUAAACUUCCUAAAUAUACAUUGGACUAAUUAUGUACUUUUGUGUUAAAUAAAUCUGUCAGUGUCACACAAAUAA